GUAUUUUUUAUUUAAUUUAACAUUAGAAUUAUUAGAUUCUUUAACGUUUAAAUUAAUAUUUAAAAAUAAGUUUUUAAAAGUUUUUCUAUAUUCUUUCACCCAACGUUAAAUGCAAAGUCAAAUUUUCUUUUUAAACAAACUGCAUCAUUCGGUAUCACAUCGCAGUAGGCUUUCAUUGCAAUUCACCAAGACAGUUAGUACGACAAUCGAAUCGAGUGCAGUUGGUUGAUUCUGAGUGUCUGUGUAAAACUGGUAAAAAAAAUAAAAUGGCCGAUCACGUAACAACCGAAGCAGCGGGAAGCACCCCAUCGGUACCAUCGCCCACGAACGAACCGUCGAUGGAGAAAACGGAAGCAUCCCUACUGCACCAAAUAUCUGUCAUCGAGAAGCGCAUCAAGGAAAUCGAAUUGGAGCAAUCGUCCACUGCGAAACCGAUUCCGCCCAACAUUCAUGCCAAACUGCUAGCCCUGCGCAAGAUCCAGCUGGAUAUCGUCGAUAAGGAGGUACAGUUUCACUUCAAGGCACAUGCGAUGGAAGUCGAAUAUCACGCAGAGUUUCAGCAAUGCCACGAAAAGAUAGCACGGAUCGUGAAUGGACAGGAGGUGCCCGAACUGAUGGAAUCGAAUCCCGCUCCGAACGAUGUGGCCGACCAACCGAAGGGAAUACCGGACUUUUGGUUGACCGUGCUGAAAGCCAGCUUUCUCGACCACAUGAUACUGGAAGCGGACGAACCGGCGCUAAAACAACUGCAGGAUAUUCGUGUACAGCUUUUGAAUGAGCCAGAUCCCGGUUUUGAGCUACAAUUUCACUUUGGCCCUAACGAUUACUUCACGAACGAGGUGCUCACCAAGAACUACUUCUUGCGCUGUGCUCCCAAUCCGGAUGAACCGGCCAAAUUUAAUGGGUUUGAAAUCUACAACUCUAAAGGCUGCAGCAUCGACUGGAAGCCGGAUCACAACCUCGUGCAGACAGCGGGGAAUUCAUUCUUUGAUUUUUUCUCGCCCGAAAAGAUAUGCAAUGCCGACUACGGUGCGGACUUUAAUGAAGCAAUAUUGGAGUGUGAUUUCCAGUACGGAUACCACAUCAAGGAGACGAUAGUACCGCGGGCGGUGUUUCUGUUUUUAAAGGAAAGUACUAGCGUCGAAGAUAAGUCAGAACAUUAUGCCUGCUGUUGUGAUCGGUGUGUUUACAUCGACUGUCUUGAUGAAUUAGUGGCCCAUCCGACCUCCAACGUGGAGGAUGAAGAGCAGUCGAACCACGAGUCGAUCACUGGGGUUGACGAUGAAGAGACACAAGAAGAUUGAAACUAACGUGUCAUUUUGCUAAUUUUUACGAAAGGUUUUUUAAGAAUUUAUAUUUUCUGAAAAGAACUGUCGUGGAAAAAUUAUAAAAAUGUAAAAUUUAGAGAGAAAUAUUGAUGAAAUGUAUCUACUUGCCGUAUAA